AGAUAAUUUUGAUGUUUUGUUCAGGUGUCCUGUCAUGAUGGUGCAGGUGGAUGUGAUGUGCUGUAAAUCAGUAGGAACUGAUCUGUCUAUGCUGGAUAUUGAUGAUUUGAUGACAGAAAUCUGUCAGCUGAAGAAAGAGGUGAAGUUACUGGAGACAAAACUCAGAGAGAGAGACCAACUCAACAGAAAGGAUGUAUGUGGUGUUUCUCUCUGUGACUUCACUGAUCAAACAUCUCCAGAUCUUCAGCUUUCUGUCUGUAAUGAAGAGCAGAAGACAUCAGUGAAGCUGCUGGACUGUGAGAUGGAGCUGAAGACAGAAAUCAAAGGAGAACAAACAGAUGAAGAUGAUGUGAUUUAUUCAGACCUAAUGAAGGUGAAAGAGGAAAGUUCAGAACCAAAUGAAACAGAGGAGAAACACCAUCAUCUCAUAACUGGAGAACAAUCUCUGAACUGCUUGAAGACUGAGAAGAAUAAAGACAAAAAUUCUCACAUGUGCCCUCAGUGUGGAAAGAUCUUCACAUAUAAAUACAACCUUAAUAGGCACAUGAAAGUUCACACUGGAGAAAACUCUUAUAAAUGUGAUCAGUGUGGAAAGAUCUUCAAUCGUAAAGACCACCUUAAUGAGCACAUGAAAGUACAUACUGGAGAAAAACCUUACCGAUGUGAUCAGUGUGGAAAAAGAUUUAUGUGGGCGACGUCUUGGAGAGGACAUCUUCUCUAUCAUUCUGGAGUGAGAUCAUUUCAGUGUGAACAGUGCAGUAAAGCGUUUAUUUCUGCAAAUAACCUGAAGCAACACAUGAACAUUCAUACAGGUGUGAAGCCUCAUGUCUGUUCCAUCUGUGGAAAAGACUUCUCACACCUCUCCAAACUAAAAAAUCACAAGAAGAAAACACACACAGGUGUGGGAUCCCAUAUGUGCUCCGAACAGAAAUCUCUCCUGUGCUCCUCAUGUGGACAGUGUUUUCGGAAAUCAAGAUGUCUUGAGAUUCACAUGAAGAAGUGUUGCAAAGUUCAUCCACAUGAAACUGUUCGGAUCAGAAGAUCCCUGAGAUCUUCAUCAGUAACUUGUUAAAAUUACUUGUUAAGUGUUUCCUUGUUGGACAAGUAAAACAUUCAAAGAACAUCAAAUAACAUUUCAGAAAAAACCUUUUGUAGGAAUCUUACUUCAGAAAUGGAAGUAUUUUAAACAGGGGUCAAUAAAGAAGUUUGUGCAGUUUGGGGAUCUAGUGAAGUUAAAGUUUCCGUAUACUGAUGAUCAAAGUGUUUUGAAUAGAAACAGCUUAUCUGAUUCACAGUCUGGAAUUAAAGGUCCAGUCAGUAAAAUCUAGUGCUGAGGUUGUGAAUUGCUACCAUUGCUCACUGCACCCCUCCUCCCUCUCUUUUGAAGGACUACAGCGGCUGACACAACAUGAUGAGUUUAUGCAAGGGAACUGGCGGUGUAUGUAGAUAGAAAUAAAUCAUUCUAACAUUUACAUUUAUUAAUUUAGCAGACACUUUUA